CUCGUCUGGCCCGAGUGGGGGCUCGUUGGACUGCGGCGAGGCGACUGCGUUUUCGGGCACCAUGGAGCGAAUCUCAAUGGGCUUUUCUCCGACGAGAUUUUAACAAGCGAAAAUGGCCGAGAGGUUGGAGUGGGUGGAGAUCAUCGAGCCGCGUACGCGCGAGCGCAUGUACGCCAACCUGCUGACGGGCGAAUGCGUGUGGGACCCGCCGGCGGGCGUGCGCAUCAAGCGCACGGGCGACAACCAGUGGUGGGAGCUCUUCGACCCCAACACCUCGCGCUUCUACUACUACAACGCCUCUACGCAGCGCACCGUCUGGCACCGCCCGCAAGGCUGCGACAUCAUCCCGCUGGCCAAGUUGCAGACGCUCAAGCAGCACGCCGACGCCGCGGGGGGCGUGGCCAACGACGACGACCGCGACGCCAACGAGGAUGACGACGACGGCCGGGAGGGGAGCGCCUCGUCCUCACUGGACCGAGAAGGAAGCCGUAAUCGGGCCGGGAAAGACCAAACCGAGAGGACGUCCCCGUUCAGGUGGAACACGGGCACCAAGGAGCGCAUGCUGAUCAAGGUGACGGAGCGGGAGCCCGCCUUCCCGGCCCGACAGGGCAACGGCUACUCCCCGUGCGAGCUGCCCGGCGGGGGCGCUCGCGAGACCGCCUCAGAAGGCGACGCCCAAUCGGAGCGGCGGCGCUCCCCUUUCCCUAAGCGCGCGGACCAGCGGCGCCCCUCGGCCGACUCGCAAGCCUCGUCGCCGCGCUACGGCUACGAGCCGCCGCCGCUCUAUGAGGAGCCGCCCUCAGAGUACCAGCCGCCGCCCAUCUACGAGGAGCCGCCCGCCGACCCGUCCUUCUACGGCGGGAAGUCGCCGGCCCGCAAGACCUCGGCGCCCAUCUACCACUCCCCCAAGCAGUCCCCUUACGGCCAGCUGGUCCUGACCCGCCAGAAGUGUCCGGAGAAGACCCAGAGUCUGGAGUACAGCCCCGCGGGGAAGGAGUACGUCAAGCAGCUGGUCUACGUGGAGCAGUCGUCCUCAAGCCCCCGCUUCAAGACGGCCGAGCGCCUGCUGCGCUACGGCACGUCCUCCGGGGGUUCCUAUGGGGGGUCCUACACCCUCCAGCACAGCCAGUCCCUGAUCCGGGACCCCCGCCUGCUGCUGGACUACAGCGGCGAUGGCGGUCAAAGGCUCCUCUACGAGGACUCGGUCUCCUGGUCGUCCGGCCAGACUCACUCUUUGUCCACGUCCCCCGGCGGGAACCGCAAACGCAAGAGCCGCAAGCCCUCGCUGCCUCAGGAGUUGGCCCGCGGCCAAUACGGGGGCACGGCGUCCGAGGCCAUGCUGGCGCAGGCGCGGCUGGCGUGGGAGGCGCAGCGGGUGAUGAAGCAGCGCAGCAGCUGGGACUCGGGGCAAGGCGGCGUCGAAGACGAGGGCGGCCGGGGGUCCAAAGACGGCUACGAGAGCGACGGCGCCGUGCCGCCCCCCUUGCCGGGGCCCGUGGUCAGGGCUUUCAGCGAGGACGAGGCCUUGGCGCAGAGCGACGGCCACCUCUGGAAGAGGAGCACCUUCGAGCGGUUGGGAUUUCCUCAAGCGCUGUUGGAGAAGAGCCUCUCCAUGCAGACUAGCUUAGCCUCUCCGGAGAACUACCUCCACCCCUCGCAGUCGGAGGACCUGGGCGCCUGCGCCCAAUUCGAGGCCAGCCGCAACGCCAGGAAUAUGAUGCCCAGCGCCAGCUGCGGCGUUUUCCCAGAAUUCACCCUGAGGAAACCGUCCUCCGAGACCGACAUCGAGAACUGGGCGUCCAAGCACUUCAACAAACACACGCAGGGUCUGUUCAGGAGGAAGGUGUCCAUCGCCAACAUGCUGGCGUGGAGCAGCGAGCCCAUCAAGAAGCCCAUGAUCGUCACGUCGGACCGCAGCGUCAAGAAGGAGGCGGUGGACAUCUUCAAGCUCAUCCAAACCUACAUGGGGGACCGCCGCACCAAAGCCGACCCCCUCUGCGUAGCCCUGGAGGUGGUGGUUCGCGGAUGGAGCAACCAGGGCCUUCGCGACGAGCUGUACAUCCAGCUGUGCCGUCAGACCACGGAGAACUUCCGCUACGACAGUCUGGAGCGCGGCUGGGAGCUGAUGGCCGUCUGCCUGGCCUUCUUCCCGCCCACGCCGCGCUUCCACAGCUACCUGGAGGGUUACAUCGCCAGACACAUGGACCCCCUCAACGACACCAAGGGAGUGGCUAUUAGCACAUACGCUAAACACUGCUACAGGAAGUUAACCAAGGCGGCGCUAACGGGAGCCAAGAAGGGUCUUCAAAAGCCAUGCCUGGAGGAGAUCCAGCACGCCCGCAACGCCAUCUUCAGCCCCUCCAUGUUCGGCUCUUCUCUGGAGGAGGUCAUGGCUCUGCAGCGGGAGCGCUACCCGGACCACCAGCUCCCCUGGGUCCAAACCCGCCUCUCCGAGGAGGUCCUGGGCCUCAACGGGGACCAGACCGAGGGCAUCUUCAGAGUCCCGGGAGACAUCGACGAGGUCAACGCGCUCAAGCUCCAGGUGGACCAGUGGAAGAUCCCCACCGGGUUGGAAGAUCCGCACAUUCCGGCGUCGCUGCUGAAGUUUUGGUACCGAGAGCUGGAGGAGCCGCUGAUCCCGCACGAGUUCUACGACGAGUGCGUGAAGAACUACGACAACGCCGAGGCCGCCGUCCAAGUGGUGCUGGGACUGCCGCACAUCAACAAAUUGGUGCUAUGCUACCUCAUACGAUUCCUGCAGGUGUUUGCGCAGCCGGCUAACGUGUCGGUGACCAAGAUGGACGUGAGCAACCUGGCCAUGGUGAUGGCGCCCAACUGCCUGCGCUGCCAGUCGGACGAGCCGCGCGUCAUCUUCGAGAACACGCGCAAGGAGAUGUCCUUCAUCCGCCUCCUCAUCCACACGCUGGACACCAGCUUCAUGGACGCCGUACUAUAGCCGAAAGCCCCUCGCCAAUGACUCAUGGCGGCGGAAGGCCUUUCCAGCCACUCACCACUGAUUUGCGAAUGUGUCUUUUAUUUUGUUUACUCACCGUUCCACACCGAUAUGCUUCUCAAGCUCCGCCCCUAAAAAAAUACAUUGGGGAUAAAAAAAAGAACAAGACGAGUAGAUUGAAGCCCUUGGAAGAGCUGGGAGAAAAGGGGGGAGGGGCUUCAGUUAGACCAGGGGUCACAAACUUGCAGCGCGGGGGCCAAUCGAGGCCCGCCGGACAAUAUUUUGUGGACUUUUAAUUGAUGUUCGCUUUGCAGUUUUUGCCCAAAAAUGUAGUUUGGCCAACAUUUGCCCAAAACAUAUCCAUUCAUUUCCAAUGGCCCAACUUGCCUGAAACUUCCAUUUCUACAAAUCGACAAGAAGUCACCCAGAAGUGACCUGGUAUCAACAGGAAGUGACCCAGAAAUGCCCUGAAAUCAACAGGAUGUGACCUGGUAUCAACAGGAAGUGACCCGAAAAUCCCCCCAAACUAACAGAAAGUAGCCAAAAUCCAUAGGAAAUUACCUAGAAAUGACCCAAACUAACAGGAAGUUACCUGAUAUCAACAGGAAGUGACCCUGAAAUGCCCCAUAACCAACAGGAUGUGACCCGAUGUCAACAGGAAAUGACCCUCAAAUUCCCCAAAAUCUACAGCAAAUGACCCAAUAUGGACAGUACAUGACCCUGACAUGCCCCCAACAGGACGUGACCCUGACAUGCCCCCAAGCCAACAGGAAAUGAACUGACAUCAACCAAUAGUGACCCUGAAAUGUCCCAAAAUCAACAGGAAGUGACCAGAUAUGAACAGAAAAGAACCCUGAAAUGCUCCAAAGUCAAAAGUGACCAAAUGUUCACAGGAAAUGACCUUGAAAUGCCGCAAAAUCAACAGGAAGUGACCCAAUUUCUACAGGAUGUGGCCCUUCAAUGCCGAAAAAUAAACAGGAAGUGACCUGAUAUCAACAGGAAGUGACCCUGACAUAUCCCAAACCAACAGGAUGUGACCUGAUGUCAAUGGGAAGGGACCCUGAAAUUUCCUAUAACCAACAGGAAGUGACCCUAUACCAUUCCAACAGGAAGUGAGCCUGAAAUGCCUCAAAGUCAAAAGUGAUCCAAUCUCAACAAGAAGUGACCUGAUAUCUAUAGGAAGUGACCCUGAAAUGCCUCAAAAUCAACAGGAAGAGACCCAUUGUCAACGGGGACUGACCCUGAAAUGCCUCAAAAUCAAGAGGAAGAGACCCGAUGUCAACAGGAAAUGACCCCAAAAUCAACAGGAAGGGACCCAAUAUGAACAGGAAGUAACCGUGAAAUUUCCUAAAACCAACAGGAAGUGGUCUGAUAUCAACAGGAAGUAACCCGAUAACUACAGGAAGUGACUCUGGAAUUUCCUUAAACCAACAGGAAGUGACUUUGAAAUGCCCCAAAAUAAACAGAAAGUGACCCAAUAUGUACUGGAAGUGCCCCGGGAAUGCCUUAAAAUCCACAGGAAGUGACCCCAAAUCAACAGGAAGUGACCUGAUAUCUACAAGAAGUGACCCUGAAAUGCCUCAAAAUCUACAGGAAGUGACACGAUAUUUACAGGAAGUGACCGGUUAAUGCCCCCAAAUUAACAGGAAGUGAUCCGAUAUUUACAGGAAGUGCCCUGGGAAUGCCUCAAAAUCAACAAGAAGUGACCCAUAAUGAAUAGGUAUUGACCUUGAAAUUUCCCAAAACCAAUGUCAACAGGAAGUAAUCUGAUUCCUAUCGGAAGUGACCCCGAAAUGCCCCAAAUCAACAGGAAGUGACCCUGAAGUGCCUCAAAAUCAACAGGAAGUGACCCUGAAAUGCCCCAAAAUUGACAGGAAGUGAUCCGAUGUUUAUAGGAAGUGACCCAUAAAUGCCCUAAAAUCUACAGGAAGUGACCCGUGAAUGCCCUAAAAUCUACAGGAAGUGACCCGAUAUCAACAGGAAGUGACCCGUAAAUGCCCCAAAAUCUUCAGGAAGUGACCCAAUAUUUACAGGAAGUGGCCCAGGAAUGACCCAACAUCAACAGGAAGUGACCCUGAAAUGCCUCUAAAUCAACAGGAGGUGACCCGAUAUGAACCGAAAGUGACCCUGAAAUUUCCUAAAACCAACAGGAAGUGACCUAAUGUCAACAGGAAGUAACCCUGAAAUGCCACAAAAUCUACAGGAAGUGACUAUUACAACCAUUACAGUUUUCAAAAUAAUAAUUGCAAAACAUUACAAUUUGAUGUCGGCGAAAUACCGUCCAACGGGCCGCAAGUUUGACACCCCUGAUGUAGAUUGAAACUGAUUUGAGUUACAAACGCAUUACGUAACAAGCUCAUAUCUCAAGGCAGCACUCUAUUCAACCUCUGGUUCAUUUGUAUAGAAACAGUCACAUUUGAACCGUGUAAAUGUGAAGAACCGAGACUUGUUUUUUUAAAAUCUUUGUAUCAAUUGAUAAUUUAUUUAUUUAUUUGAUGCCUUCCGGUCAGACGAAUGUGUGUAUGUGUGCGUUUGUGUGUUUAAACACUAAACAAAAAAAGUGAACGUUAACGGCGUACUAACGAGCUCUUAAAGACGGAAAUUUCCUCACGUUGAUCCGAGUUUGGAGGCGGGGCCAAGCCGGUAGCCAAUCAGCGGAUUGGUUACAUAUGAAAAGUGAGGAAGUUAUGUGUUUGUGUCACUGUCACUUCCUGUUCCGACUGAAAGAUUUGCUUUAAUAAAAAGAAUAUGAGCGACUUUCUCGAUUGGCUUGUUAUUUCAAAUAUUUAAAAAAAAAAAAAAAAAUAGAACAAAAAACAUUUUUUUUGUUUUUAAUUUAACUUUUG